GGCUUCUGGAAGCUCUGAGUGCAGGGAAUCUCUGGGGACUGUGGACAGCUGCCCAAAAGAGAACCAACAACUUCCUGUGGUGGCUACAUGGUAGUGUGGGCUUUGGAUAUCCAGAAGGGAUGUCUGCAAGAUGCCAGUAUGGACAAAAUAGCUUGUGAUGCUUAUCCCCACCCACCACUUCUGAGAUAUUGAGCAGAAACCAGAAUACCUCCAGCCAGAAAAGUGCAUCCCACCUCCCUACCCCGGCCGUGCGGGAACCAUGUGGUUUAUCCGGGAUGGCUGUGGCAUUGCCUGUGCUGUUGUCAUCUGGCUUCUGGUUCUCUAUGCAGAGUUUGUGGUCCUCUUUGUCAUGCUGAUUCCAUCCCAAGACUACGUGUACAGCAUCAUCAAUGGGAUUGUGUUCAACCUGCUGGCCUUCUUGGCCCUGGCCUCCCACUGCUGGGCCAUGCUGAUGGACCCCGGGGCAGUGCCCAAAGGAAAUGCCAAUAAAGAGUUCAUCGAGAGCCUUCAGCUGAAGCCCGGACAGGUGGUAUACAAGUGCCCCAAGUACUGCAGCAUCAAGCCUGAUCGAGCCCACCACUGCAGUGUUUGCAAGUGGUGCAUUUGCAAGAUGGACCACCACUGUCCCUGGGUCAACAACUGUGUUGGUGAGAAGAACCAGAAGUACUUCGUCCUGUUUACAAUGUACAUAGCUCUCAUGUCCUUGCACGCCCUCAUCAUGAUGGGAUUCCACUUCCUGCAUUGCUUUGAAGAAGACUGGACAAAAUGCAGCUCUUUCUCUCCACCUACCACGGUCAUCCUGCUCAUCCUGCUGUGCUUUGAGGCACUGCUCUUCCUCAUAUUCACAUCAGUGAUGUUCGGGACCCAGGUGCACUCCAUCUGCAUGGACGAGAUGGGAAUAGAACAAUUGAAAAAGGAAGAGAGAAGAUGGGCUAAAAAAACAAAGUGGAUGAACAUGAAAGCCGUUUUUUGCCACCCCUUCUCUCUAGGCUGGACCAGCCUCUUUGCCACACCUGACCAGGGGAAGACAGACCCAUACCAGUAUGUGGUCUGAAGGACCCUGACCAGCAUUGCCACUCAGACACCACAGCACAGCACAGCACGACCCCAUCCGCUCAGGAAUGUUUAAACCGAAAGAAAAACAAAACAACUACUUUUUUAUGAUUCCAGUAAAAUGGCUGAGCAUUGCAGAGAA